UACGGCACACCCGGUCGCCCCAUAACGUUUUGUCAGCAGACCUAUUUCGACUCCGUGUUACUUUCGGCAGCUCCUUUUCUGUUGUGCCGUGUUGCCCUGCUCCCUGCAGAAGGUUAGUACUAAAUACAGGCAGGUCUUCACGUCUUAUGUCAUGUAACUUGUAUAAAGGCUAGUUUAAUUCAUCAUGUCUGUCGACUGGAUUGGAUUUGGAUACGCUGCCCUUGUAACUUCGGGAGGAAUCAUCGGUUAUGUGAAAGCAGGCAGCGUUCCUUCCUUGGCUGCUGGUCUGGUCUUCGGAGGCCUGGCAGGGCUGGGGGCAUACCAGAUGUCACACAAUCCAAAGAAUGUCUGGAUUUCUCUAGCUGCAUCAGGGACCUUGGCAGGAGUGAUGGGGAUGAGAUUUUACAAUUCUGGGAAGUUCAUGCCUGCUGGGCUCAUUGCAGGGGCAAGUCUUCUAAUGCUGGGGAGAAUUGGUAUGAAGAUGUUGCAGAAACCUCAUGAACCGUAGUGACAGUUCCAGUUACAGGCAGACAUUAAAAAUGUAUAAAUGUGCAUUUGUUUUUUUUAAAAAAAAGUAAAAUCGUGGUUUGCUGGGUCCGGUUCAGACACUGUGAAGACGAAUGAACUUUGUAAAAAUGUUGAAUAAAAAGCUCAAGGUU